UAAGAAUAGUUUAUAGAUAAAACUUUUAAAAUAAUUUUAAGUAUCAUGCCUAUUAUGUAAAUAUACUCUGGUUACUGGAUGUAAUAUAAUAGGUUAUGUUAGGUAUUUUAUACGUGUGUAGUGUUUGAAAUUUGUAUCUGCAUAGCACGUGUUUUGUGAAGAGCAUUGAAUUAUUUAUUUUAUUUACGAAUCGAAUUAAAAAAUACAAAAUGAAGAUUAAAAAUUUGAGGAAAAAUCCUUUGAGUCGCCCUAAAAAGGAAAAAGCAAAAGAAAAGAAAGAGGAAAAUUCAGAGGAAGAAAAUAAACCAAAUACAUCAACGAGCCAAUCUACUGAGGUUAUGUUACCGACUGAAAGUAAUUUCAAUCACAUUAAAUGCAAAGCUGUCAGAUAUGAAAAGUGUAAACAAUUAUUAAAACAAAAAGCAAAGGCUAAGAAAGAAGCCAAGAAGCUUAGAAUACAAGAAGGUGCACCGAAGCAGGUACCACAUACAAUAGAAAGUUUAAGAGAAAAGGAUGAAACUACAAUAGUUGGUGAUUUGGAUGACGAAGAGAACGAAGAAGUUAAACUUGAUCUAGAGCAUGAUGAAUUUUCUUCAUAUUAUAAGAAAGAAUAUGAGCCUAAAGUUUUAAUCACAUACUCUGACAAUCCAUCAAGGAAGACAAGAAUUUUUGGUCGAGAACUUACACGAAUGGUACCAAAUUCUAUCUCCUUGUAUAGAAAUCGUUCCGGUGUUAAAAAGAUAGUUAAAAGUUCCAUCGCUAGAAAUUUUACAGAUAUAAUUAUAGUCAACGAAGACCGCUGUGUACCAAAUGGAAUGUUAGUAAUUCAUUUGCCCGAUGGUCCAACUGCAUAUUUUAAGUUAAGCAACGUUAAAAUUACACCCGAGUUACGUCGUAGUCAUAAAGAAAUUACGGAUCAUAGGCCAGAAGUUAUUUUAACUAAUUUCACUACUCGUUUGGGAUAUACAAUAGGAAGAAUGUUAGGUGCAUUAUUUCAUUAUCAGCCCGAGUUUAAGGGUAGAAGAGUUGUAACUUUCCAUAAUCAGAGAGAUUACAUAUUUUUUAGACAUCAUAGGUACGAAUUUAAUUUGAAGACGGGCAAACCAAGAUUACGAGAAUUAGGUCCACGAUUUACUUUAAGAUUGAAGUCCUUACAACACGGUACAUUCGAUAGUAAGUAUGGAGACUAUGAAUGGCUUAUCCAAGGACGUCGUCAUGAAAUGGAAACCAGCAGAAGAAAAUUCUUCUUAUAAAUUUAUUGAUAGAAAAUAUUUGUAUUUACACAAUUUAACAUAUUUUGGUGAUAAUUAUAUUAUCAC